AUGGCACAGGAUCCUGAAAACUACGACCCAGUCGGAUCCCUCUUAAUCCAGGUGCAUGAAGACCUUUAUCAAUUAAAGGAGAAAUUAACAAAAUUCCAACAUGAAGAAAAAGGAGAGACUCUAGACAUUAAGAAUCUUGAAACAGCAAUCCAAAGGACUGAAAUAGGGUUGAGAAUUCACAUUGAGAAGUAUUUAAAUGUUGUAAACCAUCAUGUGUUAACGACUCCUGUUAAUGAUGAGAGCUUGUAUUCUUCUCAGGCUUCCAAAUGGUUGCUCCCAACUGUAAUUGAUCAGAAAUCAUUUAUUUUUCCUCUGGAAUCUAAGGAUAAACUUUGGCAGCCCCCCAAACAGCAGGGUUCAUUUCCACAUGUCUUUCCAAGAGCCAAGCGAAAGAUUGGGUUGAAUGUAAAAAUCAUGCAGGAUCCUGAAAACACCCACCACAGAGCUGCUGUAAAUGCAAACUAUGGAAUCAGUUUGCCAUAUAUUAAUCAGAGAAAAGCAUGUGCCUGGUUGCACAGGGCAUCCUCCGACUGGGCCAUCUGA